AUGACCGAUGCCGAGUCGAUCCUCGCGUAUCUCGACCGUCUUCUCUUGUCAGCGUAUGCGACGCCGUACUUGACGUGCGGGCAAUGCAACAGCCUCAACUUUAUCGACGUCGCGCAAAUCCAAGGCAUCCGCAACGACGUUCGGCGCUCGGGCGAGUACGAGCGCCUCGUGCCGUGUGUCGGCUGCGGGCGCACGAUCUUUCUGCGCCCGGGCGUCGCCAGCUUGGCCGCCGAGAUCGAGCACAAGACGCUGCAAGACGACAGCCACGAAAAGAAGCGCGCGCCCGCGGCCAUCCACAUUCAGCGCGUCGCGCGUGGGUACCUCGGGCGAAUGGAGGCCAAGGCGCGGCGUCAGGCCAAGCUCGAGUGGGAGCGCAAGAUUUUUUGCGCGGCCGCAUGCAUCCAGCGGCGCAUCCGAGGCGUCGAGGCCCGGACCCGGUACCGCAUCGAGCAAUGCAUUGCCGUCAUCCUUAACGCGCACAAGUCGGUGUACGCGUUUGCAACGACCAACCAGCCCAACGCGCCGCGGAUCUUUUGGUACGAAAGCGCCGCCGAGCUCGCGGUCUUCCGCACCGACUACCGCGAGUUUGUGCGCCGGACGGGCAACCGGCCGCCGCUGCACCGCGUCGAGGCCAACGUCCAAGAGGUCGCACGGCGCGUCUUGGCGCGUGAGAACCGCCUCGUCGCUCGGAUUCAGGCCGCGUGGCGGGGGCUCACGACCCGCGUCGCGUACCUCGAGCUCAAGCGGCAGCUGGGCUGGCAUCGAAGCAGCCGCAUGGCGCCCGCGGUGCGCAUCCAGCGCCUCGCCCGCAUGCACGCCGACCGCCGGCGCCGCCCGGCACCCGUGCCCAGCCGCGACGCGUGCCUCGCCGACUAUUCCACGAUCUACACGGAGAAGACGCAGAGAGCACAUGCGCGGCAUCUGCAGCGGACGCUGCUCGCCACGUACCGCGACCACGUGCAGCACAAGCGCGGCGCCAAGCUCGUGGGACUGCCCAUCGAGCCAUUUCGCGUGUACAAGAAGGGCGUCGCCACGCUCUUCCCACACGGCAAUGGCCACCCGCAGUCGAACAAUACAAUGGUCAAGACAAAAACAGCGUCCGCCUUUCUCCUGGCCAAAGCCAAGCUCGAUCGACAUCAUCCAGCGUCGCUGCCCCAGCGACUGCGGCAACAAGUGACCAACCAACGGAGCGAUCCAUACGAUUAG